UGUUUUUCGUGUGCCGAGGGAGGUAGUAUUUAAUUUUUUUCUAAAGAAAAUUAGUCCUUAUCUCUGUUUUAUUGACUACUUAUGCUCUAUCCCUAAACUCCGAUCAGCAGUGACCUCCGAUCACUUGCCUCCGCCUGUCACCAGCCUCCAGUCCCCCAAAAUCCGGUCACUAUCUCGUCAUCAGCCGCCAAUACCGCUCGGCUGAUUCUGUUGGCAUCUGUAGGUUUGAUCAUACAAUUGAACUUUUUGAGACUUGUGAUUUUGAAUGGGGAGUAUCAAGGAAGAGAAACUCCGAUUUUGCAUUGACAGAGGUGGUACUUUUACUGACGUUUAUGCUGAAAUUCCCGGUAAAUCUGAUGGCCGAGUUUUGAAAUUAUUAUCUGUUGAUCCUGCGAAUUACGAUGAUGCUCCUGUUGAAGGAAUUCGUAGGAUAAUUGAAGAGUAUACGGGCAAAAAAAUUCCGAGAGCUUCAAAAAUUCCGACCGAUAAGAUUGAGUGGAUACGUAUGGGUACAACUGUGGCCACAAAUGCACUUUUGGAGAGAAAAGGUGAAAGAAUUGCACUUUGUGUGACUCGUGGCUUCCGGGAUCUGUUACAGAUUGGUAACCAGGCUCGCCCCAAUAUUUUUGAUCUCACUGUUGCGAAACCCUCAAAUCUUUACGAGGAAGUCUUAGAGGUUGAUGAAAGAGUUCAGCUUGUUCUUGAUAAUGAGGAAAUUGACGAAAAUUCUUCAUUGUCUGUAGUUAAAGGUGUCUCGGGUGAACUUGUUAGGGUCUUGAAGCCACUAGAUGAAGAAGCCUUGAAGCCGCUAUUGAAAGGUUUAUUGAAGAAAGGGAUUCACUGUUUGGCUGUUGUAUUGUUGCAUUCUUAUACAUUCCCACAGCAUGAAUUAGCUGUUGAAAAGCUGGCUGCGAGUUUGGGUUUCAGACAUGUUUCGUUAUCCUCUGCCUUGAGUCCCAUGGUUAGAGCUGUUCCGAGGGGUUUAACAGCUAGUGUGGAUGCUUACUUAACCCCAGUUAUCAAAGAGUACUUAUCGGGAUUCAUUUCUAGAUUUGAUGAAGGCGUAGGGAAGGUGAAUGUUCAAUUUAUGCAAUCGGAUGGAGGACUUGCACCUGAAAGUAGAUUUUCAGGGCAUAAAGCUGUUUUAUCGGGUCCCGCAGGUGGAGUUGUUGGUUAUUCCCAGACUCUUUUUGGGCUGGAAACAGAGAAACCGCUUAUUGGGUUUGAUAUGGGUGGUACAUCAACUGACGUUAGCCGUUAUGCUGGGAGUUACGAGCAAGUCCUUGAGACCCAGAUUGCUGGUGCCAUUAUACAAGCACCUCAGCUUGAUAUAAAUACUGUAGCUGCUGGUGGUGGAUCAAAGUUGAAGUUCCAAUUUGGUGCUUUUCGCGUAGGACCUGAAUCAGUGGGUGCUCACCCUGGUCCUGUUUGUUAUCGGAAAGGAGGGGAAUUGGCUGUUACUGAUGCUAACCUUGUUUUAGGAUAUGUUAUUCCUGAUUAUUUUCCUUCGAUUUUUGGCCCUAAUGAAGAUCAGCCAUUAGAUAUUGAGGCAACUAGAGCAGAAUUUAAGAAACUUGCGCUGCAAAUAAACUCCUACAGGAAGAGCCAAGAUUCAUCUUCAAAGGACAUGACAGUUGAAGAGAUUGCAUUGGGAUUUGUCAAUGUUGCAAAUGAAACAAUGUGCCGUCCUAUUAGGCAAUUGACUGAGAUGAAAGGUCAUGAGACCAGGAACCAUGCUCUUGGUUGCUUCGGUGGUGCUGGGCCACAGCAUGCUUGUGCAAUUGCUAGGUCAUUGGGUAUGAAAGAAGUACUCGUUCACAGGUUUUGUGGGAUCUUAAGUGCUUAUGGCAUGGGAUUGGCGGAUGUUGUAGAAGAGGCACAGGAGCCAUAUUCUGCUGUCUAUGGUCCUGAGUCGGUCUUGGAGGCUUCUCGCAGAGAAGAUAUUUUAUUAAAACAGGUGAAGCAGAAGCUACAAGGGCAAGGAUUUAGGGAUGAAAACAUUACAACAGAGGCAUAUUUAAAUUUGAGGUAUGAAGGUACAGAUACUUCUAUUAUGGUAAAGAGACACGUAAAUGAAGAUGGAUUAGGCUGUGACUUUGCUGUUGAGUUUGUAAAGCUAUUCCAGAAGGAGUAUGGAUUCAAACUGCAGAGCAGGAACAUUCUUAUAUGUGAUGUAAGAGUUCGAGGUAUCGGAGUUACUAACAUAUUGAAACCACAAGUCUUACAGUCUGCUUUUGGUUCUCUAAAGAUUGAAGGCCACUACAAGAUUUUCGUUGGUGAUGUAUGGCAUGAUGCACCUCUUUUCAAGCUUGAAAAUCUGGGGCCGGGACACGUUAUGCCUGGCCCUGUAAUCAUCAUGAAUGGAAAUAGUACUGUAAUAGUGGAACCCAACUGCAAAGCGACCAUAACAAAAUACGGAAACAUUAAAAUUGAAAUUGAAUCUAACUUAAAUACUGUGAAAGUAGCUGAAAAAGUAGCAGAUGUUGUGCAGCUUUCAAUAUUCAAUCAUAGGUUUAUGGGGAUUGCUGAACAAAUGGGGCGGACACUGCAGAGAACUUCCAUAUCAACAAAUAUCAAAGAAAGGCUGGAUUUCUCUUGUGCCCUCUUUGGUCCUGAUGGGGGACUAGUUGCUAAUGCUCCCCAUGUUCCUGUGCACCUCGGCGCUAUGUCCAGUACAGUCAGAUGGCAACUCAAUUACUGGGGUGACAAUUUGAACGAUGGUGAUGUGCUAGUUUCCAAUCAUCCAUGUGCUGGAGGUAGCCAUCUUCCUGAUAUAACCGUCGUCACACCCGUAUUUGACAAGGGGAAACUGGUUUUUUUUGUUGCAAGUAGAGGGCAUCAUGCAGAGAUUGGGGGAAUUACUCCAGGAAGUAUGCCUCCAUUUUCGAAGUCUAUAUGGGAAGAAGGAGCUGCAAUUAAAGCAUUUAAGCUUGUGGAAAGGGGAGUUUUUCAGGAAGAAGGAAUUAUCAAACUUCUCAAGUUCCCUUGUUCAGAUGAAUCAUCAUUUAAAAUCCCAGGAACUCGCCGGCUUCAAGAUAAUCUAUCAGAUUUACAUGCGCAAGUAGCUGCAAACCAGAGGGGAAUUUCCCUUAUCAAAGAAUUGAUUGAGCAGUAUGGUUUGGAAACUGUUCAGGCAUACAUGACAUAUGUGCAGCUUAAUGCAGAAGGAGCAGUGAGAGAGAUGCUCAAGUCAGUUGCUGCUCGAGUUUCAUCCGAGCGAGACAUUUUUGGAGAAAAUAAUUCUAUAACCAUUGAGGAAGAGGAUUACAUGGAUGAUGGUUCAGUGAUACAUCUAAAACUUACUAUUGAUUCAGAAAAAGGGGAGGCGUUUUUUGAUUUUAGUGGGACUAGCCCUGAGGUAUACGGCAAUUGGAAUGCGCCCGAGGCAGUAACAGCUGCUGCAGUCAUAUACUGCCUUCGCUGUUUAGUGGAUGUAGAAAUUCCUCUCAACCAGGGUUGCUUGGCCCCGGUUAAAAUUCAUAUAUCCCCAGGCUCGUUCCUGUCUCCCAGCGACAAGGCGGCUGUGGUUGGAGGCAACGUUCUUACGUCUCAAAGAAUAACUGAUGUCGUAUUAACUGCAUUUCAGGCCUGUGCUUGCUCUCAGGGCUGUAUGAACAAUCUCACUUUUGGGGACAAUACUUUUGGUUAUUACGAAACAAUUGGUGGUGGAAGCGGAGCUGGCCCCACCUGGAAUGGAACAAGCGGAGUGCAGUGUCAUAUGACUAAUACACGUAUGACUGAUCCGGAAAUUUUUGAGCAGAGGUAUCCUGUUCUUCUGCAUAAAUUUGGUCUAAGAGAGAACAGCGGUGGAGAUGGAGUUCAUAAAGGGGGUGAUGGGCUUGUAAGGGAGAUAGAGUUCAGGCGGGCAGUGGUGGUAAGCAUUCUUUCCGAGAGGCGAGUUCACGCACCAAGAGGCUUAAAAGGAGGCAAAGACGGUGCCCGUGGCGCUAACUUCUUGAUUACAAAAGAUAAAAGGAAAGUUUUCCUUGGAGGUAAGAACACAGUAGAGGUGCAGAGUGGAGAAAUUCUUCAGAUUCUAACGCCAGGCGGUGGUGGAUGGGGAUCCUAGUUGAUCUGAAGAAAUUACUGCAUUUUUCAUCGUUGCAAAUGCUCCCUUUGCUUCUAAAAUUUGUAUGUACUAUAUUAUGUAAGUAGGUUUAUUAAUCUGAAAGCCUCUUUGUUCUUGUUCA